AUGCCCUCCGCACACGAAUCUGAGCUGCCGACUCUUGGUGUCAAUGCCGACCGUCUAGCGGCGUCCCUUCACGAGAGCUGCCAGUAUGGAUCUGAUCACCGCUAUGGAAAACUGUCCACAGAGACUGGCAUGGCCAGACUCAGCCUGGACGACUCGGACAAGGCCGUGCGCGACUGGUUCCUCCAAAAGGCAAAGUCGCUGCGCUGCACCACCUCGAUUGACGAAAUGGGAAAUCUGUUUGCGGUCCGCCGGGGGAAGAACGCGGAUGCGCCUCCGAUAAUGAUGGGCUCGCACCUGGAUACCCAACCGACGGGUGGUCGCUAUGACGGCAUCCUGGGUGUGCUCGCGGGCCUCGAGGUUCUGCAGGUCCUAGAGGAGAAUAAGAUCGAAACAGAGGGAAGUGUCGGCGUCGUGAACUGGACAAACGAAGAAGGUGCUCGUUUCCCCAAGAUGGCCGUCUCGUCGGGUGUGUGGGCUGGUGCCGUCCCAAUUGCUGAUGCCUGGAACCUCGAAGAGGUGACACCACACGAGGGCACGGCCAAGACCAUGCUGCAAGAGUUAGAAAGGAUCGGCUAUCGUGGCGAGGCGCCUGCAUCGUACACGUCGAACCCCUUUGCAGCCCAUUUUGAGCUACACAUUGAGCAAGGCCCCAUUCUCGAGGACGAGGGUCGCAAGAUUGGUGUUGUCCAAGGCGUCCAAGCGUUCAAAUGGUUCAACAUUACCGUUCGCGGCAGAGACAGCCACGCCGGCACCACGCCACUCUACGCCCGCAAAGACGCGGUCCUCGUAGCCGCCAAAAUGAUUGUCGCCGCCAACGCCGUCGCCAAGGCGCACUCCGGCCUCGCCACGACGGGCAUCUUCACCGCCGCGCCGGGCACGGUCAACACCAUGGCGCACACGGCCACUUUUACGCUCGACCUGCGGCACACGAGCGACGCGGUGCUUGCGACCAUGCUCGCCGAGUGCCGCGCUGCCUUUCAAGCCGUGGCGGCGGAGACGGAAAAGGGCUGCGAUGUGGACUGGACGCUGCUGGUCGACAGCCCGGCCGUAGUGUUCCACCAGGACUGCAUCGAUGCGGUGCAGGCGAGCGCCGAAGCCGUGUGCGCGCGGCUGCCCGGCGCCGAGACCAAGACGCUGUGGAAGCCGAUGAUUAGCGGUGCCGGCCAUGACAGCUGCUACACCAACUUGCGGUGCCCGACGAGCAUGAUCUUUACGCCGACGCGGGAGGGUAUCAGCCACAAUCCAACGGAAUACUGCUCUGCAGAGGAUUGUGCACUUGGAGCAAGCGUCUUGCUUGGCGCGGUACUCGGAUACGACAAGCUGCGUGCUGACAGGGGCGACUUUGAGAAUACGUCAGAAUGUGCCUAG